AUGACAUUAUAUGACGAAAAGUUUUUCAACCUAAUCCGUAACUUAGGUGGUGAAGUUGUUACUGAACUUCUAAAAGUUCAAUGUAUUAACUCUACACGAACUUUACUUCGAAUGACUGAUGUUUAUUCUUUUCUUGAACUUGAUUGUCAUGAAAUAAAUGAUUUAAAAAAAAAAGUCACGUUUAAUCUAGCUAAUGGUACAACAGUGAUAAAGCCAGGUGUUGCAAAUAAUAUUAAUUACAUAUUUAAUUUAUUACGUUUUAAAGAACAACAAUUGAAAGAAAAAGAAAAAAAUGUUGAUUAUGAAAAGGAUGUGUUAUACAAAUUGGUUCAAAAUAAUUCUUUAUUAAAAUCAUUAAUACUUUGGUAUCAAAAAGCAGAACAGCUGCAUUUUACUGAAAAACAAACACUUUUACCAACAUUAAUUGAUAACAUCACGAAUAAUCUAUCCAAAUCGACAAAUCAAUAUUGUUACGAUGAGUUAGUUCAACGUUUUGCAGUUAUCUUAUAUAUAUUAGGUGGCAGGUUCGCUUAUAAUUUCGUCAGGCUCAAUUUAGUAUGUGCUCUACCAUGUCCAACAACGAUAACAAAUUUAAUACAAGAUAAAAAUUUGAAGCUAAAUGAAGCAGAAUUCCGAUUCGAUCUAUUAGAACAACACUUUAUGUCGAAGAAUUCUAAAUAUGGUUUCGCUUCUGAAGAUACUACGGGUAUCAUUAAAAAAGUAGUUUAUAACACCGAUACUAAUUCUUUCAUUGGAUUUUGCACUCCAUUGGAUAAUGGAAUUCCAAUUGCGCAUCAUUUUCGUACAGAAUCGUUCUAUCAAUUGAAGGAAUGGUUUGCUGAUGUUGAGAAAGCUGCUUUACUAAAUCUACACAUGAUUCAACCUCUUUCACAAGACGUUACAAACUCAUCAUCAUUUAUACUAUCAGCAUUCAGUAUAAGUAACACAUUUACAUCAAGUGAUAUUGUUCAAAAAUGGAUUUACAUUUUUAAUGAAUGUUCAUCUCGAAAUAUACGAAUCAUCGGAUUCGCCACUGGUAAUUCAAUUUUCUUUUAG